AUGUUUGCUUUUCUCUAUGCACUUGGAUGUUUGUGUAAUGACAAUGUGUUUGUUCAGGAGGUGUCUUUACUGCCACCCUAUGUGGACGAGAUUGGAAGGUUCCUUAACUGGAAGACUUCUGGAGAGCAGGUGAUAAAGGUCCAUGGGAAGGACUCGUUUGUCCAGCUAGGGUACUCGUCUCCAAACAGCUCUGGAGCAAUCCUUGCAUCGCAUCCAAUAGGCUCUGAAAAGUUUGGUAUUGAUAUGAUUAUUGAGAUUGAAGAAGAUGGCAAGGAAGAUGGAGAUGAUGGAAUGGCUGUAUGGAUAUCUAAUGAAGACACGUUUAAUGAGGGAAGUUGCUUUGGAAGAUCGUGCAGCUUCAAGGGCCUCUUGAUUGUUAUAAAGCCCUCUGGAAAGUCGUAUAUUGGGGUAAAGGCUGGAGAUGUUUUGAUCAACCCCAAUAAUAUUGUUAGAAGCUUUGACCGGAUUGAGUACAGGAACUUUCCUACAGGCGAGAAGCUAGUUCUUAGAAUCGAGCAGAAGGAUUACGAGCUGUCUAUAUAUUUAGGGGAGCCUGACAACCUCUCGCUGGUCCAUUCUUACAGAUCAAACGUCGUGAAAGAAGGCGACACUCUUGGGGUUUCUGCAGCAACGGAUAGGUCCUCAACCUCCUUCAGGAUAGUUGGGAUUGAAGGCUACCACCUCAAAAACAUGGGAGGGAUGUAUACUAAGGAAGAUGUACAUAGUGGAGGAAAACUCAUUUGGAUCCUACUUGCUGCAGUUGUGUCUGUGACAGCCUAUUAUCUUUACAACAUUCAAAUAAAAAAGGGUAAUUAA